AUGGUGUACAAGAGUUUCCCUUCGCUUACGGCCUUACUACUGACUGCGCCUUUCCUGAUUAGAGAAGUGACGCAGGUGCGAGUGUCUGAGCUGUGGAACCCCCUGCCUGUGGACCCUCUAGACCCCCUGCCUGCUGACCCUGGCUAUGACCCCCUGCCUGUGCCCACUAGACGCCCUUGCCUGUUGACCCCCGUAGACCCCCUGCCUGACCCCCUGCCUGUGACCCCCUACAGACGCCCCUGCCCUGUGACCAACACUAAGACCCCUGCCUACCGCCCUGCCUGUGACUACCUAGACCCCCUGCCUGUGACCCCCAAACCCCAUGCCUGUGACCCCACUAGACCCCUGCCUACCCCCUGCCUGUGGACCGCCCUCAGACCCCCCCCUAGACCCCCUGCCUGUGAGCCCCUUAGACCCCCUGCCUGUGACCCACUAGACCCCCUGCCUGUGACCCCCCCAGACCGCCCUGCCCUACCCCCUGCCUGUGACCCCCUAGACCCCCUCGCCUGUGAACCACUAGAACCCCCUGCCUGUGAACCCACUAACACCCCUGCCCUAUCCCCUGCCUGUGACCCACUAGACCCCCUGCCUGUGACCCCCCAGACCCCCUGCCUACCCUGCCUGGACACAGCACCCCGCUGGACCCCCAGACCCCCUGCCUGUGACCCCCCAGCCCCCCUGCCUGUGAACCACCAGACACCUGCCACUGUGACCCCACUAGACCCCCUGCGUGUGACCCCCCUAGACCCCCCUGCCUGUGACCCCCCCAGACCCCUGCCUGUGACCCCCCAAGACCCCCUGCUGUGA